GAGUCUCGCUGUUACCCAGGCUGGAGUGCAGUGGCACCAUCUUGGCUCACUAUAACCUCUGCCUCUCGGGUUUAAGUGAUUCUCCUGCCUCAGUCUCCCGAGUAGCUGGGAUUACAGAUGCAUGCCACCAUGCUCAGCUAAUUUUUUUUUAUUUUUUUAUUUUUAGCAGAGACAGGUUUUCAACAUGUUGGCCAGGUCUCGAACUCCUGACCUCGUGAUCUGCCCGCCUCUGCCUCCCCAAGUGCUGGGAUUACACAGGUGAGCCACCACAGCUGGCCUAUUUCCCUUCUUUAGAGAAACUCUCUGACCAGUCUAGGUCCCUUUGUAUGUAUCUUUCCAGAACUACUCACAAUUAUAAAUUUAAAAUUUGUGUGUUUGUUUAAUGUCUGUCUCUCCCACUCGCUCUCUUUUAUGUUCCAAGAGAACAGGGAAAUUUCUUGUUCAUCACUGUAUUCCCAGUUUCUGGCACGUAUCACGAGCUCAAUUUGUUGGUUGAAUGAAGAAUGGACUGCCUCACAUGUGCUAUGGAGUUAGAACUGUAUUGGGCUCAGCAUCAGAGGUAUUUUUCCUGUGCGUGUUACCAUAUUUCUACAGUCUGGUAACCUUUAAGAUUCAGAGACUUUUAUUUUUAUUUAUUUUUUGGGGACGGAGUCUCACUCUGUCGCCCAGCCUGGAGUGCAGUGGCACAAUUUCGGCUCACUGCAACCUCCGCCUCCUGGGUUCAAGCAAUUCGCUGGCUCAGCCUCCUGAGUAGCUGGGAUUACAGGUGCCCGCCACCACACAGACUUUUUUUUUUGAGACAGAGUCUCGCUCUGUCGCCCAGGCUGGAGUGCAGUGGUGCAAUCUUGGCUCACUGCAACCUCCGCUAGAGACUUCUUUUUAAAGCAGCUCACACUCAGGAUGCAAUUUUUGUCUCUUUUUUUUUUUUUUUUUGGAGACAGGGUCUCACUCUGUCACCCAGGCUGGAGUGCAGUGGCAUGAUCAUGGCUUGCUGCAGCCUUGACCUCCUAGGCUCAGGUGAUCCUCCCACCUCAGCCUUUCAAGUAGCUGGGACUACAAGCAUGCACCACUACACCCAGCUAAUUCUUUGUAUUUUUUGUGGAGACAGGUUUUCUCUAUAUUCACUGGUCUCAAAAUCCUGGGCUCAAGUGAUCAACCUUCCUCGGCCUCCCAAUGUGCUGGGACUACAGACACAUGCCAUUGGAUCCAGCCCAUCUUUGUAUCUAGUUAGAAAAAUUUAAUUAAAAACCACUGCUGUGAGCUAGGUGCACUAGUUUAUGCCUAUAGUAAUCCCAGUGAUUUGGGAGGCUGAGGUGGGAUGAUGGCUUAAGGCCAGGAGUUUGAGACCAACCUGGAUAGACAUAGUGAAAACUCAUUUCUAAACAAACAAACAAAUAAAACCAACAACAACCCACUGCUCUGAAGAAAGGAAGUCUAGUGGAGUUGCUUAGUUUAAAAAGUGGUAAGUUCUUGAAAAGAUGUAUGGAAACAAACUGGGAUAUUUGAACAAUAUUUUUCAAUUUACCUCAUCUAAUGCUCCAGUUUAGGUUCCAUCAUUUUCUACCUGAAUCAUUGUACCCUUCCUCCCUAACUCCUUAUCUUCCGAUCCCAUACAAUUUGUCUUCAUUGCAUUCAUUGUUUUUUGUAUAUGUGAGACAAAGUAGCAAACAUAGGAAGCCAUGUCUGCUCAUUCUGUUUACCAGCAGAAUUUCACAAACUCUCUUGCCAGCAGAAUUUCACAGCCUCAGUGACUGCGCACAGCCCUCCAGAAUACCCUGAAGAUAAGCAGGAUACAGCACAAGUUCCCAUGUCUCUUGCCUGAAUCACUGCAUUUUUAGAAAAGAUAAAUCCAAUGAUCCUUGACCUUGCCUCUUCCUGUACAUUUCUGACAGGAUUAAUGACUAUGCCUCCAUGAUCUAUAAACAUGUGUAUUCUCCCACCUAAACCUUCAUGAGAUUUUGCUCUAGUGUAACUGCUGGGUACAUUUUUUUCUUUUUUAUUAGAGACAAGGUCUUGCUCUGUCACCAGGCUAGCGUGCAGAGGCACAAUCAUAGCUCACUGUAACCUCAAACUCAGGAGUUCCAGCAAUCCUUUUACCUCUGCCUCUCCCGUAGCUAGGACUACAGGGAUGUUCUACCACGCCUUGCUUUUUCAUGUGUGUGUGGAGACAGAGUCUUGAUAUGUUACACAGGCUGGUUGUAAAUGCCUGGCCUCAAGCAAUCCUUCUGCCUCAGCCUCCUUAAUCACUGGGAUUACAGGCCCAGCCUUUCUGAGCAUAUUUGAUUUAACUUCCAGGCACAUGCAGAGCGGCCACCACCUGUGUAGAAGCUGCGGGCUGAAACACUGCUUUGGAGCAGUCUAAAAAAAACUCUGACUCUCCCAGGUGGCAGUCCUCAGUAAGACUUCUGAAGAAAGCUAACUUGAAUUAUUUAAAAGCCUGAUUUACUUUAGUUGACAUAUGUUACUGUUCCUUCCCAUUAGAAUGCAAGCUCCUCCAAGGCAAGGCUUUAAAUUUUUGUUGUUGUUUAGACAGGCUCUGUGUCAACCAGGCUGGAGUGCAGUGUUGCAAUCACGGCUCACUGCAGCCUCGACCUCCUGGACUCAAGCAUUCCUCCUGCCUCAGCCUCCUGAGUAGCUGGGACCACAUGCACGCAUCACCAAGCCUGGCGAAUUAAAAAAAGAAUUUUGUAGAGACGGGGGUCUCACUAUGUUGCCCAGGCUGGUACCAAAUUCCCAGGCUCAAGCAAACCUCCCGCUUUGGCCUCCCAAAGUACUAGGAUUACAGGUGUGAGCUAUCACGCCCAGCCUAAGGUAAGUUUUGUUUUGUUCAUGGUUGUAUUGCUUGCAUUUGGAACUCAGAAGAGGCCUCGAAAACCUCGAAGAUACAGUAACUAUCAACACAUCUCCCUGCUUCACGUCUUUCUCCGCUCAUUCAUAUGUAUGAGCUAGGAUCUCUUACCCCACGGUGUCAGUAUAGUGCAUCUUACUAAUUUCGGCUGCUUUUUAGCUUUCAUUUAUGUUCGUAUUUCCGUCACACUUUACACUGCUCACCAAAGACCACUGCUAGCGGGAAAAACUGGGAAAGGAGACUUGAAGGCAGCAGACGCUGUAGCUACUCGAUAAAAAUUGGCCGAAUUUAACAGGCUGGAGGAGCUAAAAAAUGUUUUCGCACAGAAUAGUGAGCACAUCCAGACUGGUCUUUUUAGCACUUUCUUACGCCUUGAGGAUGAAACCCCACCACUGUCGGGCCGACUGUAGGAUAGCGAAGAGCCAAUUAGUAUUUGCGGCGCUUGGGAGCAGCGAUCAUCCGGCGGGUGUAAGAAAAGACUUCCGGCGUUCUGGUUUUUUACGUGCUGAGUCACAACCGAAGGCUCGCCCCGGGUCUGAAGGGUAGGGUACCCAAACUAUGACACGAAUGGGAAAAUUUAAAACUUUGAAAUUAAUUCUCUGCACUCGUUUCUCAGUUUUCUUAUUAGGGGAAUAUUUUUCUAUGACACGCGGAGCACUACUUAGUGGUUGCCACAAAACACUCCCCGCGUACGUCAUAAACGCGCCGGAUGCCCUUUUCCCGUCGUCCUCCGCGCCACUCUCUCCGCCUCUUCUCCCUUGCCCCGCCCACUUUGGGUUUCGAAAUGUUCGCUGGCUGUUCCGAGAAUCAGUCCGGGUCACGUUGGUUCCUCUCCUUUCCUGUUCUGAUUGGUUGCUUACGUGAGCGUGACUACUUUCUUGCCUCAUAAUUGGCUGAAAUCAGUAGCGUCAUCGGCGGCCGGGAGGGCGGAGGGAUGAGGGAAGUCGGCGUGAGGGAGACUGGGUUGGGGGAGGGGUUCAGGCCUGUUCCCCGCGGCUGCGGCAGCACCAGCGCCGGCCGCCACCGCCUCUGGAACGCGGAGGAGGUGGGUCCCGGGAAGCGGGAUGUCCAUCGCUCCAGUUUGGUGGUGAAUGCUGAGAAGAGUCACUGUUGCUGCAGUCUGUGCCACCCGGAGGAAGUUGUGUGAGGCCGGGCGGGAGCUCGCGGCGCUCUGGGGAAUCGAAGCGCGGGGUCGGUGCGAAGACUUUGCUGCUGCCGGACCCUUUCCUAUUCUGGCCAUGCCUGGAAGGAACAAGGCGAAGUCUACCUGCAGCUGCCCUGACCUGCAGCCCAAUGGACAGGAUCUGGGCGAGAACAGCCGGGUUGCCCGUCUAGGAGCGGAUGAAUCUGAGGAAGAGGGACGGAGGGGGUCUCUCAGUAAUGCCGGGGACCCUGAGAUCGUCAAGUCUCCCAGCGACCCCAAGCAAUACCGAUACAUCAAAUUACAGAAUGGCUUGCAGGCACUUUUGAUUUCAGACCUAAGUAAUAUGGAAGGUAAAACAGGAAAUACAACAGAUGAUGAAGAAGAAGAGGAGGUGGAGGAGGAAGAAGAAGAUGAUGAUGAAGAUUCUGGAGCUGAAAUAGAAGAUGAUGAUGAAGAGGGUUUUGAUGAUGAAGAUGAGUUUGAUGAUGAACAUGAUGAUGAUCUUGAUACUGAGGAUAAUGAAUUGGAAGAAUUAGAAGAGAGGGCAGAAGCUAGAAAAAAAACUACUGAAAAACAGCAAUUGCAGAGCCUGUUUUUGCUGUGGUCAAAGCUGACUGAUAGACUGUGGUUUAAGUUAACUUAUUCAAAAAUGUCUUCAACCCUGCUGGUCGAGACAAGAAAUCUUUAUGGGGUAGUUGGAGCUGAAAGCAGGUCUGCACCUGUUCAGCAUUUGGCAGGAUGGCAAGCGGAGGAGCAGCAGGGUGAAACUGACACAGUUCUGUCUGCAGCGGCUCUUUGUGUUGGAGUUGGGAGUUUCGCUGAUCCAGAUGACCUGCCGGGGCUGGCACACUUUUUGGAGCACAUGGUAUUCAUGGGUAGUUUGAAAUAUCCAGAUGAGAAUGGGUUUGAUGCCUUCCUGAAGAAGCAUGGCGGUAGUGAUAAUGCCUCAACUGAUUGUGAACGCACCGUCUUUCAGUUUGAUGUCCAGAGGAAGUACUUCAAGGAAGCCCUUGACAGAUGGGCCCAGUUCUUCAUCCACCCACUAAUGAUCAGAGAUGCAAUUGACCGUGAAGUUGAAGCUGUUGAUAGUGAAUAUCAACUUGCAAGGCCUUCUGAUGCAAACAGAAAGGAAAUGUUGUUUGGAAGCCUUGCUAGACCUGGACAUCCUAUGGGAAAAUUUUUUUGGGGAAAUGCUGAGACUCUCAAGCAUGAGCCAAAAAAGAAUAAUAUUGAUACACAUGCUAGAUUGAGAGAAUUCUGGAUGCGUUACUACUCUGCUCAUUACAUGACUUUAGUGGUUCAAUCCAAAGAAACACUGGAUACUUUGGAAAAGUGGGUGACUGAAAUCUUCUCUCAGAUACCAAACAAUGGGUUACCCAGACCAAACUUUGGCCAUUUAACGGAUCCAUUUGACACACCAGCAUUUAACAAACUUUAUAGAGUUGUUCCAAUCAGAAAAAUUCAUGCUCUGACCAUCACAUGGGCACUUCCUCCUCAACAGCAACAUUACAGGGUGAAGCCACUUCAUUAUAUAUCCUGGCUGGUUGGACAUGAAGGCAAAGGCAGCAUUCUUUCUUUCCUUAGGAAAAAAUGCUGGGCUCUUGCACUGUUUGGUGGAAAUGGUGAGACAGGAUUUGAGCAAAAUUCUACUUAUUCAGUGUUCAGCAUUUCUAUUACAUUGACUGAUGAGGGUUAUGAACAUUUUUAUGAGGUUGCUUACACUGUCUUUCAGUAUUUAAAAAUGCUGCAGAAGCUAGGCCCAGAAAAAAGAAUUUUUGAAGAGAUUCAGAAAAUUGAGGAUAAUGAAUUUCAUUACCAAGAACAGACAGAUCCAGUUGAGUAUGUGGAAAACAUGUGUGAGAACAUGCAGCUGUACCCACUGCAGGACAUUCUCACUGGAGAUCAGCUGCUUUUUGAAUACAAGCCAGAAGUCAUUGGUGAAGCCUUGAAUCAGCUAGUUCCUCAAAAAGCAAAUCUUGUUUUACUGUCUGGUGCUAAUGAGGGAAAAUGUGACCUCAAGGAGAAAUGGUUUGGAACUCAGUAUAGUAUAGAAGAUAUUGAAAACUCUUGGGCUGAACUGUGGAAUAGUAAUUUCGAAUUAAAUCCAGAUCUUCAUCUUCCAGCUGAAAACAAGUACAUAGCCACGGACUUUACGUUGAAGGCUUUCGAUUGCCCGGAAACAGAAUACCCAGUUAAAAUUGUGAAUACUCCACAAGGUUGCCUGUGGUAUAAGAAAGACAACAAAUUCAAAAUCCCCAAAGCAUAUAUACGUUUCCAUCUAAUUUCACCCUUGAUACAGAAAUCUGCAGCAAAUGUGGUCCUCUUUGAUAUCUUUGUCAAUAUCCUUACGCAUAACCUUGCGGAACCAGCUUAUGAAGCAGAUGUGGCACAGCUGGAGUAUAAACUGGUAGCUGGAGAACAUGGUUUAAUUAUUCGAGUGAAAGGAUUUAACCACAAACUACCUCUACUGUUUCAGCUCAUUAUUGACUACUUAGCUGAGUUCAAUUCCACACCAGCUGUCUUUACAAUGAUAACUGAGCAGUUGAAGAAGACCUACUUUAACAUCCUCAUCAAGCCCGAGACUUUGGCCAAAGAUGUACGGCUUUUAAUCCUGGAAUAUGCCCGUUGGUCUAUGAUUGACAAGUACCAGGCUUUGAUGGAUGGCCUUUCCCUUGAGUCUCUGCUGAGCUUCGUCAAAGAAUUCAAAUCCCAGCUCUUUGUGGAGGGCCUGGUACAAGGGAAUGUCACAAGCACAGAAUCUAUGGAUUUCCUGAAAUAUGUUGUUGACAAACUAAACUUUAAGCCUCUGGAGCAGGAGAUGCCUGUGCAGUUCCAGGUGGUAGAGCUGCCCAGUGGCCACCAUCUAUGCAAAGUGAAAGCUCUGAACAAGGGUGAUGCCAACUCUGAAGUCACUGUGUACUACCAGUCAGGUACCAGGAGUCUAAGAGAAUAUACGCUUAUGGAACUGCUUGUGAUGCACAUGGAAGAACCUUGUUUUGACUUCCUUCGAACCAAGCAGACCCUUGGGUACCACGUCUACCCUACCUGUAGGAACACAUCUGGGAUUCUAGGAUUUUCUGUCACCGUGGGGACUCAGGCAACCAAAUACAAUUCUGAAGUUGUUGAUAAGAAGAUAGAAGAGUUUCUUUCUAGCUUUGAGGAGAAGAUCGAGAACCUCACUGAAGAGGCAUUCAACACCCAGGUCACAGCUCUCAUCAAGCUGAAGGAGUGUGAGGACACCCACCUUGGGGAGGAGGUGGAUAGGAACUGGAAUGAAGUGGUGACACAGCAGUACCUCUUUGACCGCCUUGCCCACGAGAUUGAAGCACUGAAGUCAUUCUCAAAAUCAGACCUGGUCAACUGGUUCAAGGCCCAUAGAGGGCCGGGAAGUAAAAUGCUCAGCGUUCAUGUUGUUGGAUAUGGGAAGUAUGAACUGGAAGAGGAUGGUACCCCUUCUAGUGAGGAUUCAAAUUCUUCUUGUGAAGUGAUGCAGCUGACCUACCUGCCAACCUCUCCUCUGCUGGCAGAUUGUAUCAUCCCCAUUACUGAUAUCAGGGCUUUCACAACAACACUCAACCUUCUCCCCUACCAUAAAAUAGUCAAAUAAACUGCAGUCACAUUGGCCUGAAGCAAUGUGUAUUUUAAAA